AUGACAAUCAAUGUUAUUCCGGGCGAGAUAUCGACAUUUACAAUUGCCAUUGCCAUCUUGAGUGGAUUUAUUCUAUUCUUUGGUUAUAUCUCCAUGUUCCUGAAAGAGAAGCUCUUUCUCUCCGAAGCAUUGGUGGCGGUUAUCGUCGGAAUUAUAGCAGGCCCAUUAGUUACAAAUGGAUUCAACCCGUACAGUUGGGCAGAUCAUGAUGAAAUCACAAAGCAAUUGACCAGAUGUAUCAUUGCUAUUCAGGUAAUGGCUGUUGGAAUUGAAUUGCCAAAGCAUUACUUGAAGAAAGAAUGGCUGACCAUGACGAUGCUGCUGAUACCUACCAUGAUGUUUAUGUGGCUCAUCAGUGGAUUAUUCAUAUGGGGGUUGGUUCCUCCUAUCAAUUAUUUGGAGGCUCUUGUGAUAUCUGCUUGCAUUUGUCCAACUGAUCCUAUUUUGGCGAAUUCAGUCGUAAAGGGAAGAUUUGCAGAAAAGCAUGUUCCAGCACAUAUCAGAAAUGCACUGUCAGCAGAGAGUGGUGCCAAUGAUGGCAUGGGCUUUCCAUUUUUAUUUCUGGCCAUUUUCUUGAUCGCAGAAGACAAUGUGGGCACUGCUAUAGGUAAAUGGAUUUACAUUACCUGUUUAUUUCAGAUUGCACUCUCCUGCGUGAUUGGUGUUGUGGUUGGUUAUGUGGCUCGAAAAGUGCUGCAAUGGUCAGAGAGAAACCAUCUCAUCGAUAAACCUUCGUUUCUUGCAUUUGCAAUCGCACUAGCACUCUUUCUGAUGAGCAUGACUGGAUUCUCUGGUAGCGAUGACCUGCUGGCUUGUUUUGCUGCUGGAAACGCAUUUUCGUGGGACGAUUGGUUCAGACACGAGACAGAAGAGGCUCACUUUCAGGAAGUGAUUGAUAUGAUGCUGAAUCUGGCCAUCUUUGUGUAUAUCGGCGCCAUUAUUCCCUGGUCUGAUUUUGGUAAUGCUGAAUUGGGAUUGACUCCAUGGCGUUUGGUUGUCAUUGCCAUCCUGGUCUUAUUUUUCCGAAGAUUGCCUAUUGUCCUCUUACUGAAGCCAGUGAUGCCUGCUAUGAAGACGUACCGUGAAGCCAUUUUCAGUGGUUGGUUUGGUCCCAUGGGUGUCGGUGCUGUAUUUCUGUCUAUCAUUGCUAAAGAGGAGCUCGAAGUUGCAUAUGAAGGUAAAGAAUCCCCUGUUUCCAUUCGAAUCAUCAGUCCCGUCGUGCUCUUUAUUGUGUUUUGCUCGGUAAUUGUGCAUGGAACCACCAUUCCCUUGUUUAAGCUCGGAAAGCGUAUUCGAACAAGAACCUUGUCUAUAUCGAGUAUCGGCAGCAACCAAGUGUUGAGGCUACCGAAACUACAAUUUGGACAGCAAGUUCAUAAAAAGGAUGCAGAGCAUCACCACCAUCAUCAUGGCCAUCACCACAAAGAAGAAGAGUUGACCGAGCUGGAGAGAAACACGCUCUACAACACAUUGCAGCAUGACCGCAAUAAUAUCAAGGAGAGUAAUGGCAUUACCAUAGACAUGCAUGAUCCUCGGCAUGAUUCUGAUUCGGAUUUGGCAGAAGAAGAUUUCUUGCCCGAUGAUUCUUCAGAGACGGUCAAUAACGCAAGUCAGCCAAAGCUCCUACUGCCAGAUUCAACAUUUGACGAGGACCCUCGACGUGGCAGCACCAUCUCGUUUGAUACAAGUCAAGCCAUUCGAUUCUUGGAGCCAGUAAAACCUCGCAUUGGAGCCACCACGACACAGCAUUCUCAGUUAUCCAAUGCGGAUCGUAACGAAGCCAGUGUGUCUAGUCUGAGAAGCUGGCUGCUGCGUCAAAAUACCAAGGACGGCGACGAUUCUGCAGGAGAAGAGGAAGCACCCGCCAACACCCACAGCAACAGCGGCAUCAAGAAUCUGUUCAGACGACUCAAAGACCAUAACCAUAGCAACACAACGCAGGAAGAUCUCACGCACAUCACGGAUACUCACAUGUACGAACAAGACCAUGGUAAAAGCAUUCAUCCUCGCAUUGAAGUCUGGGAAGAAGGCAGCCAUAUAGUGGUAGAGGAUUCUCAGAACGACGCUCCUGAAGCUGUGAUUGAUAAAAAUCAGCAUCCAAAUUGGAAAAAGAAGACAAAAGAAAAAAUCAAGCAGGUUGAGCGUGAUAUCCUUCAGACAAAGAGUGGAGGGCCUUCCUCCAGUAAUGAUAGCUCGGCAUCAGCAUCAGUGACGUAUAAAAGUACAUCCCCUUCAUCUUCAUUAUAG